UUCCUCUUCAAACAAGAUUUGCAAGAUGGCGGCGAUGUCUGUGUACCCCAUGUGUAUUCGGGCCAGCCACGGCUUUCUCCGGCUCCGGAAAGGUGUCCGCUGUCUAGAUCCGUCUGUGAUGGACUUGAUUCGUGUACUGUCAACAGAUCCCUCAAAAUCAGACAGUAAUGCUGUGGGUGGACUGGCUCAAGCUAUUUUGCAAGAACGUCUUCAGCAGCAACAGAGGAGUCAGGAUCAACUUUCCAAAGGAGAGGGAGAUCCCAACCAAAGACAAGAGAAGAGUGAGGAAAAUAAACAAAAAGAAAACACAGCCUAUGCCAAGAAAAUGGUUCUUCGGUUAGCAGGACUUAUGGGACUUGGUGGUGCAGUCGGUGUGGUGUAUAUAUUUGGUAGUAAUUCUGUGGAUGAUCAAGGAAACAAGAUUCCAGAUGAAUUUGAUAAUGAUGUGCCAGUUGUUCAACAACUGAAGAGAACAUGGAAAUACUUUCAAGACUACAGACAGAUGAUCAUUGAACCCACAAGCCCCAAGCUUCUUCCAGACCCCCUGCGAGAGCCCUACUAUCAGCCUCCAUACACGUUAGUGCUUGAGCUCACUGAUGUCUUGCUUCACCCAGAGUGGUCGCUUGCCACAGGCUGGCGUUUCAAAAAGAGACCUGGCAUAGACUACCUCUUCCAACAACUGGCUCCACUCUAUGAGAUUGUCAUAUUCACAGCAGAGACCGGCAUGACAGCAUAUCCCCUCAUUGACAGCAUAGACCCCCAGGGCUUUGUCAUGUACCGCCUUUUCAGAGAUGCCACACGCUACAUGGAGGGACAUCAUGUCAAGGACGUAUCUUGUCUAAACAGGGACACCUCUAAAGUUAUCGUGGUAGACUGCAAAAGAGAGGCCUUCAGCCUGCAGCCUUUCAACGGUAUGGCACUUCACAAGUGGGAUGGAAACUCUGAAGACCGCACUCUCUACGACUUGGCUGCGUUUCUGAAAACCAUUGCAAUCAGUGGAGUUGAGGAUGUACGCACAGUGCUGGAGAAUUAUGCCCAUGAGGAUGACCCUAUUGAAGCCUUCAAGCGAAGACAAGCACAGCUGGCACAGCAGGAAGAAGAACAGCGACAAUCAGAGUUGGCUCAACAGAAGAAGCAAGGCUUCUCUCUAGGCUCUAUUGCUGGACGCUGGUUUAGAUCAAAGCAGCAAUGAAGCAAUACAGAAAACACAUAUAACCCACCAGUGGAAGAGGACCCCAAAGAAACAGUCACUGAAUGGGGUUGGAAAUACAAGCGGACACAAGCAAGCCCCAUCUUGUCACCUCUACUGAAUUGGGGGCAGGAUACCUCCUUCAUUUAACAUUAGUGAAGAGACUUUAUGGAUAUUGGUAACAGACAGCACUGGUCCUCUUGCCCUCACAGGCAAUAUGUGGGUGGGCUCCUUUCUGACAACUGUCGGCUCAUAUUUCCAUAAAGGUUACACAACAUGUCUGCAAAGACUGGCCAUAAAUGAGGGUAUACACAUUUUAAGGCAACACUCAACUCAACUGUAAUAAAAGGGUAGCUGACUUAUACUGGGAUGUUUGUGUUGAAGUUCAGACCUUCAUCAGACCCAGUGUCAGUGUCCGUCUCUGUUGCCUGAAGUGCUUGUGGUGUACUGUAUAGUGCUAUUAAUGUUGCCUAUCCAGUUAUUCUUCAAUAAAUAAGUUGUGGCAACUUUCA